CCAUUGCAUGGGUCCCCUACUCCUCGAUGGCUUAGCUUAGAGCCUCUUCACUUUGAUACCAUGUCGUCACCAACGGAGAUCACCCUCAAGAGCUCUGAAGGCAAGUUGUUUAAGGUCGAGGAGGCCGUGGCUCUCAUGUCUCAGACGAUCAAACAUGUGAUUGAAGAUGCCCCUACUAGUAAUGUCAUUCCGGUACUUAAUGUCACCAGCAUGAUCCUUGAAAAGGUUAUCGAGUACUGCAAGAAGCACGUGCAGUUUGGGCUCACAGAAUCUACCAACAAUAAGAUUAACCACAGCAACACUGCUGCUAAGGAAGACGCUAAGUUGGUGCAUCCCUUUUGCCGGCAGGACCUCCGGCACCGGGACCAUAUUUUCGUGACUCCCGCUGAACUGGGGGCCCGCGGGGACUGGGGCGUUGAGUUGUGGAAUGUCUUUCGCCGGUGGGAAGGGCAGCACAUGGAGCCCAGGCUCACCAAAGCUGUGAACAAUAAGAUUAACCACAGCUACGAUGCUGCUGAGGAAGACCUGAAGAACUGGGACGCUGAGUUCGUGAAGGUCGACCAGGCCACUCUCUUUGACCUCAUUCUGGCUGCUAACUACCUGAACAUCAAAGGGCUGCUAGACCUUACCUGCCAGACCGUUGCAGAUAUGAUCAAGGGGAAGACACCCGAAGAGAUUUACAAGACGUUCAACAUAAAAAAUAAGUUCACCCCAGAAGAGGAGGAGGAGUUCCGUCGGGAGAAGCAGUGGGGAUUCGAGUAAACUUGGGUUCUUAUGAAUAUGUUUUAGUAACAUAUCACUGGAUGCUUCUCUGUGUUAUUGGCUAGUAGUUCAAAUGCUUUCUCUGUGCCAUAGACCUAUAUAACAAACUUACGAACUUCUUAAGGCGUAAAUAAUGGUUCAAUCCAAUCUGGUCUAGCAGCGUUUGGACUUAAUGCCUUUCUGCUAAUCUGACCCGGGGAUUGUGUUGUUUGAUGAUUUCCUCUAGGAAAAAUGUUAAAUUUACUCUUUCUGAAA